GAUCAAACAUGUUUCUUUUUUGUAAAUUGCAUGUACGUCGUUCUGUGGGGGUAAGCGAAAGCGACGGACCGGACUCAUCCGAUUCCUUCCACUGAUGACUAGUGAUUGCUCUCGUCCUUUUGGGGCGAAGCGGGAAAAGAGGCUGGCCGACUCGGUGGUGCAUUGCGUAAGCGCAGACCAAUGGCAGGCGGAGCCAGGAGUGUAUCUAUGCUCUCUGCUCCCGUUCCCGCACGCAGCCUGAGUUCGUCAGGUGUAUUGAAGGCGGAGAACAGAACGGAAGCUCGCUCCCGACGGUGUAAAAAAAGAAAAAGUAAACCCAACUUCCUUAACUUGGUUGUGGUCAGUUCUGAUAUUCGUUUCUCUUACAGAGGAUCGCCGUCACCACCGUAGUGACAGGGUGUAGAGGUCUGACUUUUAUUUAUUUGAACACUUUGGCGCGUGAGACAGUUUCUAUUUAAUCAAAUGAGUUACUCCGUUCGUUGGACUGGUGGUCCUGAAGAGCACCUGCUGCUAAUGGACAAUUGGAUGCGGGACUUUUAAACGGUUUUACGAUCUUUUCGGGAUUGUGAAUGUUAUACGUAAAGUGCACUGCUGGUACAUUGUGUGUCAUCAACAAAGCGGCCAGGAUCGCGAAGCAGGAUUAUUAAGUUUCGAGUCGGGCGUGUAGCCCUUGAAGCAAUCGGCUAUUGUCUCUCCAUCUAGAAACCACGCCCGCUUUUCGCAGCUUGUUAGUCGGCCAGUUACCAACAAAUCAACACCUUCCGCUCCGUUUGUUCCGCACCAAGUUUCGGAUUCUCAUCUGGACCCCCGGUACCGUCGAGUCAUGGAGAGUUCGGAUGUUAUGCUAACGAUCCUGUUGAUCGGCUUGGGCACCCUAUUUUGGGUGGGCCUAAUGGCCGUCGGCUGUUAUUGCCUCCAUCUGCGUCGUAAGCGCCUCCGCUCUCACCGAGCCAAUCUGGAAGAAGAGGAGAUCAUCUUGCCUCUGCCCAAAAGCCAUCAGCAACAAUAUUACGCCAUGACCAGCCAUGCGUCGUCGUCUUCCUCCGGAAUCACCCGAAAACUCAGAAGUCUCGGCGGGAUUGGAUUCCGCUCGCCUCUCAUCCGCACCCGCUCCGUCGGAGCCCAACUCGAUGCGGGAGUCAGCGCGACUCUGCCGCUGUUGACGUCGCGGCCGGCUGCGGCCACCGCGACGACCUCCGCCUCGACCACAUCGACGCCAGUUAACGGCCGGCGAGGCUCCGAUCGUCUCAGAACGGCGGGAAAUUUGAACAUCGGCUCGAGGACAGUUUCGGCGACCAACAGUUCGACCAACGGAGGGCCGUCGGGCAACGGGAGCGCCGUCGGAAAUGGAGCGGCCAACAGUCACUCGCCGGGAGGUUCGGUCCUGGGCGCCGUGGGAGGACCCGCUUCUUCGCUGUCGCCCACCUCGUCUCCAGCCCCGUCCUCCUCAUCCGCACUGAACAAGAGCAUGGCCGGCCAGAAACAGGAGCAUCCAUCGAUGGCAUUUUGGCAGAAUCGUUCCAUAUCCCUGGUGGACAUGUACAUCGACAACUCUGAGCCGACGGAAAACGUCGGCCAGAUCCACUUCAGCCUCGAAUACGAUUUCCAGAACACGACUCUCAUUCUCAAAAUCAUGCAGGGCAAGGAUCUGCCGCCGAUGGACAUGGGCGGGACGUCAGACCCUUACGUCCGCGUCACCCUGUUGCCGGACAAGAAGCACCGACUGGAGACCAAGAUCAAGAGAAGGACGCUCAACCCACGCUGGAACGAGACAUUCUACUUUGAAGGAUUCCCCAUCCAGAAACUGCAGAGCCGAGUCUUGCACCUGCACGUCUUCGAUUACGACCGAUUCUCCCGCGACGAUUCCAUCGGCGAAGUCUUUCUACCCCUCUGUCAGGUUGAUUUCUCUGAGAAACCCGUUUUCUGGAAAGCUCUGAAGCCGCCGCUGAAGGACAAGUGCGGCGAAUUGCUGGUCUCUCUUUGCUACCAUCCCACCAACUCGACGCUGACCCUGAUCGCCCUCAAAGCCCGAAAUCUCAAAGCCAAAGACAUUAACGGCAAAUCGGAUCCUUACGUCAAGGUGUGGCUGUACUUUGGCGACAAGCGAGUGGAGAAGCGCAAGACGCCCGUCUACAAGUGCACGCUGGAGCCGGUGUUCAACGAGACGUUCACCUUCAACGUGCCGUGGGAGAAGAUCCGCGAGUGCUCGCUCGACGUCCGCGUCAUGGACUUUGACAACAUCGGCCGCAACGAACUCAUCGGCCGCAUCUCACUCACCGGUAAGAACAGCACGGGAGCCUCGGAGACCAAACAUUGGCAGGACAUGAUCACCAAGCCACGUCAGGCUGUCGUCCAAUGGCAUCGCUUGAAACCCGAGUGAUGCGACGGAGCGGAAGAACUAAGGAGCUAGGACAUCCACAGAGCCAAAUGACGGAAGACGGAGAAUCUGCUAUAUACAAGCUAGGAGAGAAAAAAGGAUCGAAGAAGAAGAGAAAGAGAGAAGGAAACACACACAAAAUCCAUGACCCCUGUACACUCUUUACUUCCCCUCCUCCUUUUUUUGGUAUUAUUUUUUUUACUUCAACGACCUCAUCAAAAGAGUCUUACGAUCUAUUUUGUUGAUCGAAAUGGCUUCGUUCACGAUCCGCAAGACUGAAAAGACCCAAGGAAACAAAAAAAAACAAACAAAAAACGAAUAUUUGAAAAAAAAGAAGAGAUUGCGCAUUUUGUUCUGAUGUGGUCGCACGGUUUUGUUAACUUGGACUUGAGCUUUUUUGAUUGAAGCAAGUUUCAUUCACGGAACUUACGACAUAAAAGGGCGGGGGGAGGGGAAUUGACAUCAUUUGCAAUGUUUUGUAUGGUCGUCUUUUUUUUUAAAUCCGGAAGUAGAGCUGAAGAGAUCCCUUCACUAAUACCCAUAAACACAAAAAAGGAAAAAAGAAAAAGAAACGAUGAUGAUCUGAUUUGACAAAAAAGGGGAAGAAAGAGAAUUUGUGUUUUGCUGAUAUGACAAAAACAUUUUAAAAAAUGUGUCGACAAAAGAAGACAUAAUAAUGACAAAGUAUAUUUAUCAAAUCAUCUCAUACAUGCACUAUGACAAAAAAUUUAUUUAGUGUGUGUGUGUGUGACUCGUUGCCAACGCGGUACUGUAGAUUUGAUUUUCGUCUUUUAUCCUAAUUGAUUGUGGAGAAAUUUUUUCCUUUUUUUUUUUAAAUAAGAAAAGAAAAAUUAAACAUCAAAUUAUUUAAAGAAAAUGCUACCCAGUCCCUGUUCCUCGUCUCUUUAGACCCCCCUUGAGAGUUGAGCCUCUCUCUCUCUUUUUGUUUUGGUUCCCCUUUGGUUUCACUUGGAUUGUUGAAUUUUUCUGAUUUUUACGUGAAAUAUUAUUAUUGCUCGUUGGAAAGUUCUGUCGUGAAGUAGAUUCUACCACGCGAAAAUCCCCUCCGCGCCCUUGUUGCCCUUAGUCCAUGAUCUUAUCUUACGCUUUCCUGUGUCUGUCGUGUCUGAACUAUCCCAGGGUGUCCAAAACCAUCCUCCGUGUUUGUAUACCUUGUUCAAUGUAUAGAGAAACCCAACCAUAACCUUUCAUACCCGAAACCUCCCCCUAAAAAGAAAAAAAAAGAGAUGAAGAGCUAACUACACACAAAUUAUACCAUGUAAAUCGAUGAGACUGAGAAAGGCGAAAUAAAAUUCAACAUCAAUCGUC